CAGUCUAUAUAUAGUAAGUAUAGCGUCAUUAAGCAAAAUACAUGACAUAGGUGGCAACGGAGAUGGAGAUGGAGAAGAAGAGAGUCUGUGUGACAGGUGCUGGAGGCUUCGUGGCAUCGUGGAUUGUCAAGCUUCUCCUCUCUAAGGGCUACGUCGUCCAUGGAACCGUUCGAGACCCCAGCAAUGAGAAGAACGCCUACUUGAACAAGCUCGAGAAAGCACGCGACCACCUUGAACUCUUCAAGACCAAUUUGUUGGACUAUGAUUCUCUUCUGUCGGCCAUGGUCGGAUGCACCGGAGUCAUCCAUGUUGCCUGCCCGGUCCCUACUUCCACUCCCGCCAACCCCGAGGUAGAAAUGCUUGAGCCAGCCGUGAAAGGGACACUUAAUGUUCUCAAGGCAUGCUCUGAAGCGAAAAUUAAGCGGCUUGUCUACAUCUCUUCUACUGCUGCUGUGAUAUUUAACCCCAAGUGGCCUGAGGACCGGGCGAAGGACGAAACUUGCUGGUCUGACAAAGAAUACUGCAGGGCCACCGAGAACUGGUAUCUCCUUGCCAAGACUGAAGCAGAAAGCAUCGCUUUCCAAUACGGGAAACAAAAUGGGCUGGAUGUCGUUGCAGUUAAUCCGGGCACAGUAUUUGGACCAGUUAUGCAACCUAUAUUGAACUGGAGCACUUUGCUCCUUGUAAACUUCGUGAAGGGCGAAUAUAUUCAGGUCGAACCAGGUGACGUGGAACUUGUUCCCAACAAGCUUUGGGAAUUAGUCGACGUACGAGAUGUUGCCGAUGCUGUAUUAUUGUCAUAUGAGAAACCCGAGGCAGAAGGCCGAUACAUUUGUGUGGGACACAACAUAAUGAUCAAAGAUUUGGCGGAAAAACUGAAGAGUCUGUAUCCGGACUUCACUUACUUGGAGAAUUACGGUGAGGAUGAUCGCGAAUACUGGGUGAGCUCCGAGAAGCUGCAGAAGGAGCUGGGUUGGACUUACAGGCCGCUCGAGGAAACUCUCGUGGACUCUAUCGAGAGCUGCAAGGAGGCAGGACUACUUUGAUCUGUUAUGGAACUUAUCUAGUGUGCGGCAAAGUUCCGGAACUUCUUUUACUGCUCUGUAUUACAAGUUGCACUUGCAAAUAAAAGUGGCUCGAAUGAAGGUUCUUAUGUUAGAAUUGACUGUUGAUUAAAAAAUUAGACUUCUAUUUUACAUAAGCGGAUACGAUUCUCUGGGAGCCUUCA